UAGCGGCUGGUCCGACCAGUCCGCGCGCGCGCGCACUAGCGUGGUUGUCCGAGUCUCCCAAGUGGGAGGGAGGAGCUGCCUCAUCUCAGAACGCGCCGAGUAUAUGAGCACCGCCACUGUCUACCGGCCUCCCUCCCGGCUCCUCCUCAUCACAUCUCGCCUCGCCCGAAAAGCUAUGGCACUGCGCUCUCCCCGGCGCGAAGUGUAGCGAGGCCGUCGGCGCGCGAGAGCCCCAGCGCGUGCAGGUGCAGCAGCUGCUUGCUGCCUACUACCAGCCAGCUCGCCCCGGAGGAUGGCGCACGAUCCGAGCCUGGCGUACGCGGACUACUUCGCGGCGGCGGGCGGCGUGACCACGCUCGUCCCGGAGGUGGACGCGGCGGGGGAGGACGAGGGCCACCUGUACGGCGGCAUGCACGCGCACCACCACGGCUUCGACAUGUUCGGGGCCAGGGGCCUCGUGCCGGGCGCGACGGUGGUGGCCGAGGCGCACGGCAAGGGCGCCGCGCUCGGAGACUUCGCCCUCGGCGCCGAGCACCUACGCCUGCUGGGCCACAGCCAGCAGGCGCCCCUGACGUCCCUGUCGCUGCACGGGCCCGCCGAGGCCGCGUCGCUGGCGCUGCACCACCACCAGCUCGGCGGCGGCGGCGCGCUCAGGCAGCACCAGCCGGCAGCGUGGCCCCCGCAGCCGCAGCAGCAGCAGGGUGGCGCGUGGCACCUGCGCGGCUCCAGGUUCCUGCGCCCGACGCAGCAGCUGCUGCAGGAAUUCUGCGGCCUCCCCGUGGAGGCCGCUUCCAAGCCGCUGAUGAAGCUGGGGAGCGAGGACGGCGCCGGGGAGGGGUCGUCGUCCUCGGCCCCGUCGGCACAGAUCCAGGCCAUGGACGCCGCCGAGCUGCAGAGGCUCAAGGCCAAGCUCUACGCCAUGCUCCAAGAGGUGGAGAGGAGGUACCGGAGGUACCGCGAGCAGAUGAGGGCGGUGGCGGGGUCCUUCGAGGGGGUGGCCGGGGAGCGGGCGGCGGCGGCGUACACGAGGCUGGCGUCGCGGACGAUAUCCAAGCACUUCCGGAGCCUGAGGGACGGGGUGGCGGCGCAGUUGCAGGCGGUGCGCCGGGCGCUCGGCGAGAAGGACGCGGAAGGCGGCGUCCCGGGGGCUGCCGGGAUGGCCAAGGGGGAGACGACGCCCAGGCUGCGGGUGCUCGACCAGUGCCUGAGGCAGCACAGGGCGUACCAGGCCGGCGUUCUCGAGAGCCAGCCGUGGAGACCGCAGCGAGGGCUGCCGGAGCGCGCCGUCUCCAUCCUCCGGGCCUGGCUGUUCGAACACUUCCUGCACCCGUAUCCAAGCGACGUGGAUAAGCACAUCCUGGCGCGGCAGACGGGCCUUUCACGCAGCCAAGUCUCCAACUGGUUCAUCAACGCGAGGGUGAGGCUGUGGAAGCCCAUGGUGGAGGAGAUGUACGCGGAGGAGAUGAAGGGCCCGCAGGAGGGCGCCUGCAGCAACGCGAACGACAACGACAGAGCGAACCCUAGCGGCGGCUACGGCGCCUCCGAGCUAGGGCAGGGGCGCGGCCGCGCCGAGGACGGCGGCGUGGAGCGGAAGCCGACGCGGGCGCAGCUGGUCCACGACGCCGGGUCCCUGGCCUCCGUUGUGAGCAUCGGCAGCGGCAGGGGCGCGCAGAACAUCGACUUCGGCAUGAUGGACGGCGGCCACCUCGACUUCGACGCGUACGGCGACGCCCACGCCGCGGGGGCCGGGCAGGGCUUCGGCGGCGGCGUGUCCCUGACGCUGGGGCUGCAGCAGCACGCCGGCGACCCGCACGGCGGCGUGAACGUCGCGUUCGCGGCCGCGCCGUCGUCCGCGGCGGCGCACGAGUUCCUUUUCAUGGCGGGCGGCGAGCAGCAGCAGCAGCAGCAGCAGCAGCAGAUGGUCCCGGGUGGCGGCAUCCACGGUCACCAGGGCCACCAGUUCGGCGCCGGAAUGGAGAGCGACGACGCCGUGGCCGCCUCGCACUACCACCACCGGGGCAUCAGCGCCGCCACGGGGUUCCAGCUCCUCCACGACCUGGCCGGCUGAUGGCAUUAUUAGCGCAUAGCGGGGGACGGAGGACCGUGACGAUCAGAGCGGGGUGCGUGCUUUAAUUUGCCUUUUGGAGGCUCACGCGGUGGUUGACGGGGAUGCGCCAACGGCAGCGCCCAGCAGGCAGCAGCUAGCGGAUGGCAUUGGGCAUGGGGCGCAUGGCGCGAGCGCAGCUUGUGCGCCUCUUGUGUAAGGGCGCUUUGGAUUUUUGUAGGGGUUUAGAUUCCUCUCCCUGCAAUUCUUGGCAGGGUGUCUCUGUCUGUCCAUAUGGGUGUAUCAGUGUGUCGCUCCGGUACUAGCUCGGCCAUAACCAUUGUUCGCCGCCGCCGCCGACGUCUUGCUUGCUUGGUUGCACGAUGGCGUGAUGUGCUUGCGAUCGUCCAUCGGUUUUCUUCCUUUUUGGAGAUGUCCAAAUUCACUAGCACUUCCGUUAAUUUUAAUCACUGGGAUUGUUCCGGCUUCUGACCA